AAACACAGAAGGUGGGGCCUUGUUUUUUAACCAUGUGAUCCAAGCGUCAAGUCCUAGAAUGGAAGUCAAAGGGGUUAACGUCCUUCCGCAAACUCCGAGAAUGGAGUCCGGGGCCUUUAAGACGCGUGCCAAGGGGCGGGGUUUACGGCGGAAGCAGUAGCGCCCGGCCGAAGUCCGGCAGAGGAAGGGCGGAAGUAGAGUAUACACUCCUGCGAUCAUGGCGCAGGAAGGAGAAGAUAUUAGAGAUUACAAUUUGACUGAGGAGCAGAAGGYGAUCAAGGCCAAGUAUCCUCCAGUCAAUCGGAAGUACGAAUAUUUGGAUCAUACAGCAGAUGUCCAGUUACAUGCAUGGGGAGAUACUCUGGAGGAAGCAUUUGAGCAGUGUGCAAUGGCCAUGUUUGGUUACAUGACAGAUACUGGGACUGUGGAGCCCCUCCAAACAAUAGAAGUAGAAACCCAAGGAGAUGACUUACAAUCUCUUCUGUUUCACUUUUUGGAUGAGUGGCUUUAUAAGUUCAGUGCUGAUGAAUUCUUCAUACCCCGGGAAGUGAAAGUACUUAAUAUUGAUCAAAGAAAUUUUAAAUUACGGUCAAUUGGGUGGGGAGAAGAAUUUUCAUUGUCCAAGCACCCUCAGGGAACAGAAGUCAAAGCAAUAACAUAUUCAGCAAUGCAGGUCUAUAAUGAAGAGAAGCCAGAAGUUUUUGUGAUAGUUGACAUUUAAGAUGCAAAAAAAAUGAAAGAAAGAGAAGGAAGGACGGACAUACUCCUAUGAAGACCUUUUUUUUUUUUUUUUCAGAAAUCCUCCUUUUGAGAAGAUCAGUGAUUUGAUCUCUAUGGUAUCUUGAUGAAUGGACAUUGAUACAUCAGAAAGUUUUAACUUAAAGUGUGACUUUCAGAAAUGGGAAAAUCGGAGCAUACCCUUGGUCU